CACAAACGCAACAAACACAUGAAAGCCGUGAGCACACUUCUUGGCGUGGCUGUUGCCGCCACUGCUAGUGCCACGGCGGCAGCUACAUUGUCCACGUGCUCGUCCGCCUUGUUCUCGACGGCAUCACCUCCCGCCUGGGCACCGUUGGGGGCGGCCAGCCCCGUGUCCCUGCGCAGCAUUGUCCAAGGCGAGUCCAUAUGUGUCCAAGUGUCAUUGCAGAACCAACCCACUGCCACAUGGUUCGCCCUCGCCAUUGCCAAGUCCAGCCGCAUGAUCAACUCACCCCCAACCAACGCAGUCUUGUUCACAACGCACAACGCCACCGCCGCCCUGUACGUCCUCGAAGACGCGGCGCCACUGGGGGUGCACUACCAACCCGACCAAACGUCGUCACUCCGAGUGGUGGACUCUGUCGUGGCCAACGGCGGCAUCACGCUCACCUACGAGCGGCCCCUCGCAGCUGCCUCGUCGUUCGACGUGCCCAUCACCCUGGACGUGCCGACGACUGUGAAUUGGGCGGUGGGCUUCUCCACCUUUCCCGACUACCACGAACUCCAAGGCUCCGCGCACGUGACGUUCACCGAUGGUCCCAAGCCGCCAUCUGUUUGCUCGCCCUCCUUGUUGAAGGAAGUACCAGCGGUCCGAUUGAACGACGGCCCUUUGUCCAUCCAAAGUGUGUUUGUCGGUGCGACGACGGCGUGCAUCCAAGUGACCCUGACGGAUGCCCCUGAAGCCGCCUGGUUCGGGCUCUCGUUUGCUCCCACAACCAAUAUGAUCAACUCCCCCGCCAACAACGCUUUGGUGUAUCACAUCCCCAACUCCACCGCUGUCACGUACGACUUGGUGGCUGCCGCGCCCGAAUCGGUCGUUCCUUCGGCCAACCAAACUGCAUCGUAUCACCUUGUGUAUGCGUCGUCGGUUGAUGGCAAGGUCACGUAUGUGGUGGAGCGGACGUUGGCUGCGGCUACAGCUACGGACGUUGCAAUCCUAGCCGACAAACCCACGAUUGUCAACUGGGCAGUUGGCUCCACUUCGUUUCCGGACUAUCACGAAAGCCAAGGAUCAGCGCGGUUGCAGUUUUCCAAGUACGGUGUCGCAGCUGCUUCCAUUAAGCCGUUAGUAGCCCCCCUUGUCACCAGCUCUAGUGUGUGUGACGAAGCCGCGGUCGCAUCUACCCCAGCCGUCCAUCUCGGGGAUGGCCCGUUGUCCAUUCAGAGCAUCGUGGUCGGUGGUUCUGCAUGCAUUCGGGUCACUUCUACCGACACGACGCUGGCUUGGUUUGCCAUCUCGGUGGCUCCCACGACCAACAUGAUCAACACCCCCACGAAUAACGCGAUCGUGUUCCAACUCAAAGAUGCGUCUGCACUAGUGUACGACCUCCACGACGCCGCGCCCGACUCUGUCCUUCCGCACCCCAACGCGUCCGCGUCCAUCCGUGUGCUUCACGUAUCGUCUUCGUCUACUCAAAUCUCGUACUUCUUCGAACGCACGCUGGCCGCCGCCACCUCCACCGACGUCGCCAUCUCCACCACCGAGUCGAGUCCGACGAUUGUCAACUGGGCAAUUGGCAUGUCCGCCUUUCCCGACUACCACGACGUGCAAGGCUCGACCAAGUUGGUGUUUACGUCCACCCACGUGUGGGACUUGGACCACCCUGUCGCAGAUCCCCCCUGCAACCACGUCACAUUCGCGUCCAUCUCGUCGGUCACUUUGUCCGAAGAGAGCCGGUUGUCCCUCAAGUAUGUCGUGCAAGGGCCCAAUGUGUGCAUCCAAGUGGUGCUAUUGAAUCCGCUGGCCACGUGGUUUGCCAUCUCGGUGGCCCCCACGACCAACAUGAUCAACACCCCCACCAACAAUGCGCUCGUGUACCUCGUGCACAAUGCGUCGGCGCACACGUUUGACCUGGUCGAUUCGGCGAUCGAUUCCGUCGUAUUUGGAGGUCACCAGUCGUCCGUUCACGUCGAGUCGUCGUCCAACGUGGACGGGGUUGUGACUGUCACGUUUCGUCGGCCGCUGGUUGCCGUAGGCCCCACCGACGUGGCCAUCUCAACCACGUCGCAUACAAUUGUCAACUGGGCCGUGGGGUUCACGUCAUUCCCAGACUACCACGACGCCCAGGGCUCGGCGUCCAUUGCCUUUGGCACGCCCGUGCUGCCGCCACCCCCUGUGUGCAGCCAAGCGUCUUUUCCAUCCACCGUCCGAGCCGUGAACCUCGGGCCCAUCGCGCUCAAGUCGACCCUCCUCGGGCCAUUUGCGUGCUUCCACGCCACCCUGCGGGGGUACCCGAAUGCGACGUGGUUCGCACUGUCCGUAGCCCCCACGACCAACAUGAUCAACACCCCCGCCAACAACGCGAUUGUAUUCCACGCGGCUAAUGGCACGGCGGCGCUGUACGACCUCCUCGACUCGGCCCCCGACGGCGUUGUGUACCAGCCCGACCAAUCCCCGCUCAAAGUUCUUCAUAGUUCGGUCGUGAACGGCGACUUGGUCCUGCUGUUUCAGCGCCCCGUCGCCGCCACCGUCCCCACUGACGUGGCGAUUUCACUCACGGGCCCUAACCUCGUCAACUGGGCGGUCGGGACAUCCGCUUGGCCCGACUACCACGACAUCCAAGGCUCGGCUUUGAUUCAAUUUGACGUGGCGACGGAGACGCAAUCAGUUUCCCCUACCAAGACGACUGUCGUGCCUACGUAUACGUCGUGGAUUGCUGCGACGACGUUCACUUUGAUUGCGCUCUUGGGGGCCAUCGUCACCCACUCCGGCAGCUUUCGAUGGGCCAAGCACCAACGUUUGACUGCCCCUCCAGCCACAAACUUAGGGUGGUUCUCUGGCCUCGUCAAGACUUUGGCAGAUGUGACGUGGGGCGAAGUGGUGGUCGUGGCCAUCUACGUCCUAGCCCUUGUGGGGGUGGCCAUAUCUGUGCUAGUGCAGUUCCCCACCGCUACUUCUUCGCGACUCGUAGCUUUAGUCUCUGGUCACGUGAGCUUGCUGUCGCUGACGUUCAUUCUGCUGCCCGUGGCCCGAGGCGCGCACUGGGAAUGGCUGUUUGGGGCGUCGCACGAACGCCUGAUCAAGCUGCAUCGGUGGCUCGGUCGUGUGUUUGUAUUGACAGCGACUUUGCACUUAGUGGCAAACCUGCCGUUGGCCACGUAUGCCAAGUCGUUUGGGUCGCAGCAGGUGGUCCCAGUGUUUGGGUUUGUCGCGUACCUGUCGUUCGCGUCCAUGGCGCUCUUGGCGUUGGAAUCGAUCCGCCGCCAGACCUUUGAAGUGUUUUACUACUACCACCGUGUCGCAUCGAUCGUCGGACUGGUGUUUGUGGUGCUCCACAGCGCCACGAUUCGAGCCGCGAUGGGCGUGCCGCUGGCACUGUACGCUGCCACGUAUGUGUGGCGAUUCCGAGGAUACUUGAACAAGUACCAUGCCCACAUUCAGUCGCAUGUUCCCGGCACCGUCGUGUUUACACUGCCUGUGACACCGCGAACCCAAACGUGGGCUCGCACCAUGAACCCGUGCUCAUUCUUUUGGGUCAACAUCCCGUCCGUGUCGGUAUUGCAAUGGCAUCCGUUUUCAGCCGUGGUGACCCCCGACGGCCAUUCGAUUGCGUUUUGCAUCAAAGCGCUCAAAGCUGGGUCGUUUGCCGACCAAGUGAUCGCCCAGGCCAAGACCAACCUCGUGUCCAUGACGCUGUUUGUGGGCGGGCCGUACGGAAAGCCGUCGGUGGACUUUACCAAAUACGACGAAGUCAUUUUGAUCUCGGGCGGCAUCGGCGUCACCCCGUUCGUGAGCCUCGUCAACCAACUCCCCCAUACCCUUCCCAGUGCCCCGUUCAACACGCACAUUCAGUUCCACUGGGUUGUGCGGACAGAAGCCGAGCUCCUCGUGGCGGACAGCCUCAUGUUUGCCGCCCCCCUGCCGACUUUCGUCUCCCCCCGCUACUACGUGGACGGGAGCGCCAUCGACGGAUCCGUCGUGACCGCUGACGGUCAUACGAUUGCGUACACUGGCACCCGCCCCAAACUCGACAAAAUCCUGAGUGCUGAAUCGUAUGUGGGCAAAAAGGUGUGCGUGCUCGUGUGUGGCCCCCCUAGUUUGGCCCUGAGCGUGCAAACACAUGCGUAUAACGCCGGUUUUGACUUCCACAAAGAAGUGUUUGAGUAUUAACGAGUAAUUGAGUUUGGAUGGAGCAACUGUGCA